AUCACAAGGGGAGGAGAGGGGGAGCCCUCUUUAAGAUCACCACGCUCUCCCAACCCCCUCCUCCUCAUUGCUCUCUCUCUCUCUCUCCGUGCAUUGUGCCACCUCUAGAAUCUACACCAGGUCGUAGGUAACUAGCAAUCGAGGUCUUAAAUUCUUGCUCGAGGUGCAGCAAGGCACGCUAGCUAGCUCAAGCAAAGCUGAUGCAUGAGCUGAAUUGCAAGGUGCCUUGAGGGUCUUGUCUUGCCAAGGCUUGCGAGGUCCCAUUUUGCUUCUCCCCCUGAGCUUGCAGUUGCGUUUGAGUGCACCUCUGACUCUGAGGCUUUUGAUUGGCCCUCGCGCUCCGUACUUAAAGCUCACGGCCUCGUCCAUGGCGCUGGGGCUUGCAAGACUCUAACCGGUUCUUGCUAGCUGCUGCUUCUUGUUCACCUAACUGAAGAGUGUUGUGGCUGUGCAGUUGGUCUUGGUCCAGUGUUCUGGGCAUGUUCUUGAGAUCGAAGAUCCAGGAGAUGAUCCUGAGAAGGAGGUCCAGGUCGAUGAACAGCAGUGCCGGCGCGCAGCGGGGCCACGUCCCCGAUCAGCUCGCGAGCUCGUCGACGGCUUCAUGCGACGGCGACGGCGGCAGCAAGAGUGCCACUGCGCGUGCCCUGUUCGCCUCGCCGAGGCUAUCGCAUUCUUCCUCCCUGCCCACCGGCACCGUCUUCGCCAAGAGCCCCGUGCUGGACACCGAGUCCGAGACGGCCUUCUCCAUGAGCCCGACCUCCGUGCUCGACGCGGCGGCGUCCUUCAGGUCCGGCCCCGACGCCGUCGGAAGCAGCAAGCGCCGGCCGUGGCGGGACAACGGCCUGCACGGCCUCGCGGACGCGCUGGACUGCAGCGACCAGCAGCCGGAGCGGAUCGUCCUCGCCGCGACAUCGCCGUCCCUGCUGGUCAGGUCGUGCUCCCUGGACCGCCGCGUCGAGUUCGGCGUCAAGAACAAGAGCUCGUGGCUGCCCCUCCGCGCCUGCAGCGGUCGCGAGGCCACGUCGCCGGCGCCGGCUGACCCAUGGGAGAUGGAGCCGUCGUCGGAGGACUACACGUGCGUCAUCUCCCGCGGGCCGAACCCCAGGACGGUGCACAUCUUCGGCGACCGCGUCGUGGAGGCCGACGCCGCGGACGCGAGCGGCACGGAGACCUCGCCGCGGCCGAUCAAUCUGCCGGCGCGCGGCGACCGGGGCUUCUUGAGCCUGUGAACGAUCGGUGCGCGCGUAGCCUGAUGCCUAGGUAAAGAGAUUUGAGUCUGCUGAGUGCUAUUAUUAAGUGCAGCCUUAAUGCUGCUGUAUUGUAUUGGUUGUUCAAUCUGAUCAGAUGAUCAUAGAUGUUUUGUUGAUCAGAUGAUGUACUAGACGUUUUGUUCAGGUUGAGCUGAAGCUGUCAUAUAAAUUUGAGUGAAUUUCAUCAUGUUUUUACAAGAGAAACUUGUAGAUUCUCAACCUGUAAAUUAGCUCCUGUUAGAUGAACUGCUACUGUAUGUGAUAAAUUUUACCUCCAAACUA